GAACUCCGCGUCCAUGCUUGCUCGAUGUUACUCUGUCCGCUGAGGGCCACGGCGCGCCUAUGCCUUAUAAUCCUUGCACUCGUCGCGCUUGCCGUGGCGCAGCAACAGAAACCGGCCCAGGGCUACGAUGACCGCCCGUCCACGCAUGACACUCACACGCCCGAGGAGAACCUAGUCUGUCUCCCCUUCGGCGUCUGCGAACCAUGUCCAGAAGACGCACUCUCGCAACCCUUCUGCCAACCUUUCGGUAACCGCAGACUGCUCCACUGCCGCAACGCCUCCUCGCACGGUGGCUCUCUCAACUCCCAUCCUGCCCCUCCUCCCUCGCAAAUAACGCAACAUGGCGAGACGCUCGCCUGGGGUGCGUGCGGGAAGAUCGUCAGCAAGGAGCGCGCGGACUUCUUCGAAUUCGUCGCAUGCAACGUGGUCUUCGCCCUCGUUGCUCUGGCGGUGCUGGUCGCGCGCUCGCGGAUCAUCCAGGCUGCGCAGGCGAGGCAGCUGGCGGCGAGGAUCGCGCUGGUGAGGGAUACGGUACGCGGGUGGAGAUGACCCCGCUGUGAUGCUAUAGACGCUCAGAUAUAUUAUGUGUAUGAUAUGGAAUCGAUAUAAUGCCGCCAUGAGCUCCUUGACCCGCGCGUCGGUUCCUUGCUCAACCUUUCCUUGGAUUUCGUUACGCUCGAAGUGCAUGUGAGCGACAAAGUCGCUCCGAGUACCCUAUGUUCAGGCGUCUGACCCUUUGCCAAUGGACAACUGACCCACGUCAGUUUCUUGAGCAGUGCACAACACUUCUUCGAUGAAGAGCAACCUUUCCUGUCAUCUCUUU